UCAUGGUAUAAGUGUAAAGAAAGCACGGAAACCGCUGCUCUUUCGCGUGAAAUCACAGAGAAGGUUGAGCAGAGAACCGGUUAAGCUUCUUAAACAUUUAGCUAGAAUUUAUUUAUUAAUUGUAAUCCAGGUUGGACGACCAUGGCUUCGGGAGGGGAAUCCAAAAAUGAUGAUCUUGCAACUGCAAUUCUGAAACAGAAGAACAGACCCAACAGACUGAUUGUUGAUGAAUCCAUCAAUGAAGACAACAGCGUGGUCUCCCUCUCUCAGACCAAAAUGGAUGAGCUGCAGCUCUUCCGUGGAGACACAGUGCUGAUGAAAGGAAAGAAGAGGCGCGAGACUGUGUGUAUUGUGCUGUCUGAUGACACCUGUUCUGAUGAAAAAGUUCGCAUGAACAGGGUGGUCCGCAACAAUCUGAGGGUCCGCCUGGGUGACGUCAUCAGCAUUCAGCCAUGUCCUGAUGUGAAGUACGGAAAGAGGAUUCAUGUUCUUCCAAUAGAUGACACAGUAGAAGGAAUUACUGGCAACCUGUUUGAGGUCUACCUGAAGCCAUAUUUCUUGGAGGCUUACAGGCCAAUCCGCAAAGGUGACAUUUUCCUGGUCAGAGGAGGAAUGCGUGCUGUGGAGUUCAAGGUGGUAGAGACUGACCCAUCCCCUUACUGCAUCGUUGCUCCUGAUACUGUCAUUCACUGUGAGGGAGAGCCAAUUCGGAGAGAGGAUGAGGAAGAGUCCCUGAAUGAAGUGGGCUACGAUGACAUUGGAGGAGUAAGGAAGCAGUUGGCUCAGAUCAAAGAGAUGGUGGAACUGCCACUCAGGCACCCAGCCCUGUUUAAGGCCAUAGGAGUCAAGCCACCGCGUGGAAUUCUGCUUUACGGACCCCCUGGAACUGGAAAAACUUUGAUUGCCAGAGCUGUGGCCAAUGAAACGGGAGCUUUCUUCUUUCUGAUUAAUGGCCCUGAGAUCAUGAGUAAGCUGGCUGGAGAAAGUGAGAGUAAUCUGAGAAAGGCCUUUGAGGAAGCUGAAAAGAAUGCUCCUGCCAUCAUCUUUAUCGAUGAGCUUGAUGCAAUCGCUCCAAAGAGAGAAAAGACUCAUGGAGAGGUGGAGAGGCGCAUUGUUUCUCAGCUUCUGACUCUUAUGGAUGGCCUGAAACAGAGAGCUCAUGUCAUUGUCAUGGCUGCCACCAACAGACCCAACAGCAUUGAUCCGGCUCUCAGGAGAUUUGGGCGUUUUGACAGGGAAGUUGACAUUGGUAUCCCUGAUGCUACUGGAAGGUUGGAGAUUCUCCAGAUUCACACCAAGAACAUGAAGCUGGCUGAUGAUGUUGACUUGGAACAGGUAGCCAAUGAGACUCACGGGCAUGUGGGUGCAGAUCUGGCAGCUCUGUGCUCUGAGGCUGCUCUGCAGGCCAUUAGGAAGAAGAUGGACCUGAUUGACCUGGAGGAUGAGACCAUUGAUGCUGAAGUCAUGAACUCUCUUGCUGUCACCAUGGAUGACUUCAAGUGGGCUCUGAGCCAGAGCAACCCAUCAGCCCUGAGAGAGACUGUUGUUGAGGUUCCCAACAUUACCUGGGAGGAUAUUGGUGGUCUGGAUGAUGUCAAGAGGGAGCUGCAGGAGUUGGUGCAGUACCCAGUGGAGCACCCAGACAAGUUCCUCAAGUUUGGCAUGACCCCAUCCAAGGGUGUGCUAUUCUAUGGUCCCCCUGGAUGUGGUAAGACUCUGUUGGCCAAAGCCAUUGCCAACGAGUGCCAGGCAAACUUCAUAUCUAUCAAAGGACCUGAGCUGCUCACCAUGUGGUUUGGAGAGUCUGAGGCUAAUGUCAGAGAGAUCUUCGACAAGGCUCGUCAAGCAGCCCCAUGCGUUCUCUUCUUUGAUGAGCUGGACUCCAUAGCCAAGGCCCGUGGUGGCAACGUGGGAGAUGGCGGUGGAGCCGCAGACCGUGUCAUCAACCAGAUCCUGACUGAGAUGGAUGGAAUGUCAAGCAAGAAAAACGUCUUUAUCAUUGGAGCCACAAACAGACCAGACAUCAUCGACCCUGCCAUCCUGAGACCUGGCCGUCUGGAUCAGCUCAUCUACAUCCCCCUGCCUGACGAGAAGAGCAGGGUCAGCAUUCUGAAGGCCAACCUCCGCAAGAGUCCCAUCAGCAAGGAUGUGGACUUGGACUUCUUGGCUAAGAUGACCAACGGCUUCUCUGGAGCUGAUCUCACAGAGAUCUGCCAGCGGGCGUGUAAACUGGCCAUCAGGGAGAGCAUUGAAAACGAGAUCCGCAGAGAGAGGGAGAGGCAGACCAACCCAUCAGCUAUGGAGGUAGAAGAGGAUGAUCCUGUACCGGAGAUCAGGAAGGACCACUUUGAAGAGGCAAUGCGAUUUGCUCGCCGCUCCGUCAGUGACAAUGACAUUCGCAAAUACGAGAUGUUCGCUCAGACACUGCAGCAGAGCCGUGGCUUUGGCAGCUUCAGGUUUCCCUCCAGUGCUGCAGGCGGCAGUGGUCCAAGCCAUGGCUCUGGUGGAACUGGCACCGGUCCAGUGUUCAAUGAAGAUAAUGAUGAUGACCUGUAUGGAUAAACAUACACUGCCCCACAGUGGUCAGUACUGGGAUCACACCUGUACAAAUCUCACCAGAUUCCACAUUUUUAGGACUUUGUGCUUCUUUCAUGUGUUCCUUUUUUUUCUUUUGUAUGGUUUGUUUUUUUUCCCCUCUUUUUUUCUUUUUUCUUUUUUUUCCCCCCUUGGAGAAAGCAUGUAGCUGCUUGGUUUGCCCUGGCUUUGAUGUGGGUGGGGUAAGGGGAUGUUGGAAUUGGAAGGUGGAAAAACUGACUGUGGAUUUCUUUUUCCUGGGGUGGGGGGUGAUGUUUGAGUGGCCUCAUUCUCAGUAUAUCACAACCAACAUGAAUGACUAUAGUGAUGGAAUUCUAUGCUAGAAAGAAAAGAGAAAAAAAAACACAAACAUAUUGCUAAUGACUUCCUUUUUUUGUUUUGUUUUUUUAAAUAAACAGUAGCAUAUAAUGUAUUACAAAUUUGUCAAGGUUAUGUUGUUGGAAAAUAAAAUCUCACGAAACAGAA